AUGAAAUUAUUGAUCAUUUGGAAGUAUUACCUUAUGAAAAAGAAGAAUUCAUUAAACGAUUUACAAAAAUGUUGAAAUUCCAACUCUUUAAUUGAAUAAAAAAUUUAUAGAUAUCAUAGAUGGAAAGUCAUCAAUUUAUGUGACAAUUCCCUUAUAAUAUUCUACACCUAAAAAUAGAAGAUCCAAUUUGUCAUUUGGGAGACUAAACUUCAGCAAGAUAUGUAGAGGAAAUUAAAAGUAGACAUUUAGAACUGAUUUUAUAAUAUAAGGACGAAGAGAGAACAAAGGAAUAAAGAGUUAAAUGAUCAAAUUUAAGGAAAAACAAUCUAUUACAAAAAAGGAAAAUAAAUAAAUUGAACUAAAAUUGGAAAUUUUGAAGAAUUAAAUAUAAAGUAUACAAAUGUAAUUAUUAUUAUCUUAAGAGAAAGAGAUAAAUAUAUAAACCAAAGUUAAAGAAAUUAACUAAACUAAUAAAACUCUGUAAAAAGAAGAAAAUAAAAAAGUAUAUAUAAUAGUACAAUCAAAAUUCAGAAAAACAAUUAAAAGAGGAUCUACAAAUCCUUAAUUUUAAUAAAAUUUCUAAAACAAUAACAGUCAUAAAAAGUUAUUAGAGUCAUUAUAAAAAGAAAUUUAAUAAAUUGAAAAUAAAAAGUCAUAAUUUUAAAAUAAUAAAAUAACUUCUCUAAUUUGAAGAAAAAUAGAUUUAAUGUAUAGAAUAUCAAUAUAAUGAUAGAUAUAAUGUAGUUGUAAAUAAUUUUUAUAAUUUUAGAAUGAUGUUCCAUUAAAUUAAAAUAUUGUUAUGGUUUCAGAAUCUUGGGUGUUAAUGAAUACAUUUACAGAAGAAGAUAUUAGUUCUAUCAAAUCUUUUAGAUCUGAAGGAAAUCAAAAGAAUAAGAGUUGUGAAUCAUUCUCAAUCUUCUGA